GCUUAACACAUGUGACAGCCGUCAGCCGUUGGACUUCUUUAUGGUGGUUUCACGUUUCAAUUUCAAUGUUUUUGUUUUGUUUGCUUGGUUCUUGUUCUUGGUCUUCUUGUCUUGCAUACUCCGGUCUACUCCGGUAAUACUAUAUAUUAUUUAUCUAUAUAUGGUCUUCUUGGUUCCCUGAUAGGCAAAAAGGCAAAUUUUGUACUUUGUAGUGAUUUCACGUUUUUUUUUUAUGUAAAAUUAUCAUUGGAAUACAUAAAAUAAAGUGUAAUCAAAUGGAAGUCAAACAAGAAAUUAGCGAGGAAACGUGUAAAAUAGAAAUAGAGUAUAAUGAUUUGGAUGAUACUCUUUUGGAUAGCUUUAAAUGUGAAAUUCAGGAUGAGUCUAAAAGGGCAAGUACUCCUGGCACCUAUGAUUCUUUACACUUUGAAGAAAACUACAUUGCAACAAACCUAUUUGAAGAAAAUCAAAAAACUGAAAAAGAUUAUCUCCAAGAUGAAAUCAAAAUGGAAAUUAUGGAGAAACCCGUUGAAGAUUCAUCUUACAAAGGAAAUGAGAUGAGUCGACACAUUGAAGGAAAAUCAUUAAAUAAAAAUAUGAAACUUGUUACUGGAAAAAGACUUUAUAAAUGUGAAAUUUGUUUUAAGCAAUUCGGUAAAGCAGAUCAUUUAAAAGGACAUUUGAGAGUACACACUGGAGAAAAACCGUUCAAGUGUGAAAUUUGUUUGAAACAAUUUUCUCAAGCAUUGACUUUAAAAAAUCAUUUAAGGACGCACACUGAAGAAAAACCUUAUAAGUGUGAGAUUUGUUUUAAGCAAUUUAGUCAAGCAGCUACUUUGGAAAAACAUUUAAGAGUACACACUGGGGAAAAACCUUAUAAGUGUGAAAUUUGUUUUAAGCAAUUUAGACACGCAGAUAAUUUAAAACAACAUUUGAGAGUGCACACUGGAGAAAAACCUCACAAGUGUGAAAUUUGUUUUAAGCAAUUUAGUCAAGCAGCUACUUUGAAAAAACAUUUAAUAAGAGUACACACUGGGGAAAAACCGUAUAAGUGUGAAAUUUGUUUUAAGCAAUUUAGUCACACAGAUAAUUUAAAACAACAUUUGAGAGUACACACUGGAGAAAAACCGUUCAAGUGUGAAAUUUGUUUUAAGCAAUUUAAUAAAACAAGUCAUUUGAAAAAUCAUUUAAAAACACACUGGAGAAAAACCAUAGAUGUGUGAAAUUUGUUUUAAGCAGUUUAGUCAAACACGUACUUUGAAAUCUCAUUUGAGAGUGCACACUGGGGAAAAGCCUUCCACUGUGUGAAAUUUGUUUUAAGCAAUCUAGUGAAGCAAGUCCUUUGAAAAGACAUUUGGGAGUUCACACUGGGGAAAGCCCUUACCAGUGUGAAAUUUGUUUAAAACAGUUUAUUCAAGCAAGUGAUUUGAAAAGACAUUUGAGAACACACACUGGUAAAAAAGUGUGAGAGUUUUUUUAAGCAAUUUAGUCAACAUAAAUAAAAAAAAUGGAUCCUGGUCAGCAAAACUGCAACGUUUAAGUUUUCUGCAUGUAGAAUAAAAUGGAUACCACCAAAUCCCCGUCUACUUGUGAAUUUUUAUCGACACCUGCGAGUAGAAGAUGAUGUGAGCUCACAUCAAAUUGAGUUCCCACGCCAUGGUAAAUUUUCUUCGCGCCAAUAAAGCACUUGAAGAAA